AUGAAUGGGAACUGGAAACAGAUAUGGGUGGAAUAUCUGAGGCGAUGGAACUCUGCGUCGCUGCGAGGCAUGGAAAAGCAGGCCUGCGGGGAGCGAGAGCAAUCCGACGGCAGUUGGCAGGAGGAGAGUGCGCGUGGGGAGCCAUUGGCAGCCCCAGCCUGCUGUCAAAUCUUCGGCGAGCCGUGGCUCAGCUGUGGCUUUGCUGACACCCCUGUCUUCUCUGAACCCCGGCCAAAAAAACGGCAAGAAUUUCGUCCAUUUCAUUAA